AUGACGUUAUGCCGAAGGCCGCGCUUCGAUGGCCAGGGCCUAGCCACUCUCGCCACUGACACCACCAACCGCCAACCACCAACGAACGAACGCAGGAACCAAGGCAGUGUGGGAUACCGGGUACCUCCCAGGCACCACACGGUCGCAGUGCGAGCGGGUAAUGGCAAUAUGGAAAUGCAAUCGUACCACAGAGCAGGCAGCUGGCUUGUCACGCGGGAGCCAUCGCAGCCAUUCUCUUCUGUCCUCACUUCCAAGUCGCUCUUCUUCGACCUACGAGGCACAAGCGCAAUACGCAGCGGCAGUCGGCACGAAGGGACUAAACCGGCAGACGGCGCCAACUGGAGCGAAGACAGACCGGCGGCGGGAAGAGAUUUUCCUCCCAGCCGCGCGCGCAGAAAAAGGGGAAGGUUCCCUCCAGCGCAGCCGGUAAUCGCCAAAAAGUCUAUCCCAGUUGCUUCUCGCCCGCAAGCGGCGCUGCUCGAUCGUUCUCGGCGGCGGAUUCUUGCCGUACACGGAGCGCUUCGGCCCUUUGCUGGCUGA